AUGAGUUUGCCACCCAGUAAACGAGUCGCGCCUUUUUGUAGCUUACAAGAGCAGCGGCAGCAACAGCAGCAGCGGCUUCCAGAGAGCAGUUCCCCUGGCGUUAUUCAUGCCUCAGCCAACGAGGAGAAGCCAACGAGGAGAAGCCAACGAGGAGAAGCCAACGAGGAGAAGCCAACGAGGAGAAGCCAACGAGGAGAAGCCAACGAGGAGAAGCCAACGAGGAGAAGCCAACGAGGAGAAGCCAACGAGGAGAAGGCAACGAGGAGAAGGCAACGAGGAGAAGGCAACGAGGAGAAGGCAACGAGGAGAAGGCAACGAGGAGAAGGCAACGAGGAGAAGGCAACGAGGAGAAGGCAACGAGGAGAAGGCAACGAGGAGAAGGCAACGAGGAGAAGGCAACGAGGAGAAGGCAACGAGGAGAAGGCAACGAGGAGAAGGCAACGAGGAGAAGCCAACGAGGAGAAGGCAACGAGGAGAAGGCAACGAGGAGAAGGCAACGAGGAGAAGGCAACGAGGAGAAGGCAACGAGGAGAAGGCAACGAGGAGAAGGCAACGAGGAGAAGGCAACGAGGAGAAGGCAACGAGGAGAAGGCAACGAGGAGAAGGCAACGAGGAGAAGGCAACGAGGAGAAGGCAACGAGGAGAAGGCAACGAGGAGAAGGCAACGAGGAGAAGGCAACGAGGAGAAGGCAACGAGGAGAAGGCAACGAGGAGAAGGCAACGAGGAGAAGGCAACGAGGAGAAGGCAACGAGGAGAAGGCAACGAGGAGAAGGCAACGAGGAGAAGGCAACGAGGAGAAGGCAACGAGGAGAAGGCAACGAGGAGAAGACGGUAUACUUGUGAGCCGGAGGGAGAACAACCCGUUAAUAAAUGUAAGUUUGACUGAAUCUGAUCCAGCGCUCCGUGGAUACCUGGACCGAGAGCGCCACCGCGUCUCGCAGCCGCGCAGAGAGCUCACUCACACCACCGUCGUCAGGCUGCCCUCGAAUCCGUAA